GGUGUGGACGGGGAGCCGAGGCGGGGGACUGUUCAGUCCUGGGCCGUCGGGUUCGUUAGGCGUUUGCUGGGGGACGCGGGCGAACGGCGCUCCUAGGUCCAUGCUUUCGCGGAGCUUUUGUUCCAGGGGGGAAGGCACACAAGGAAGCACCAAAGGACACGAGGCUGUGCUUCAACACGGGCAGCGAGGAAACGCUGCUUUUGCCGACACCGGACGACAGGAAGUGGCCGGGAACGGGGCUCCUGCUCGGGGGGCCUGCCCCAGGCACGUCUCCUUCCCCGGCCGCAGGACCGAACCCACGGAGGCGUCCACCCCACGCCGUAGUCUCGGCACUGAGCAAACGGCCCCGCCCACGUUCACAGGAACAACAAACGUCACAUCCGCCGUGGCGCACACCAGUAAUCCCAGCACCGGGGGAGGCCGAGGCGGGAGGGCUCGACCUCUGAGCCCGGCAGGCGGAGGAUGCAGUGAGCCGUGAUCGCGUCACUGCACGCCAGCCUGGGACGGUGCGGAAAAUAAAAGCCACAUCCGUGCCCGCGCUCCCGCGACCGGCAGUUCCCGACUCUUGGCCCUCAGCCGGAAGUCAGCGAGUUCAAGGCGGAAGGGGCGGGGGCUCCCGGGGGCGUGGUCGGCGCGGAGGCGGGGCCGGAAGUCCUGCCCCUUGAGUGCGCCACGUCCGAGGCGGCCACGGCGGCGUAGGUGUCGGCGUUAGGAGCCGGGGAAGGCACGAUGGCGGACUGGGCUCGGGCUCAGAGUCCUGGUGCUGUGGAAGAGAUACUAGACCGGGAGAACAAGCGAAUGACCGACAGCCUGGCCUCCAAAGUCACCAGGCUCAAAUCGCUUGCCCUGGACAUCGAUAGGGACGCAGAGGAUCAGAACCGGUACCUGGAUGGCAUGGACUCGGAUUUCACAAGCAUGACCGGCCUGCUUACAGGGAGUGUGAAACGCUUUUCCACAAUGGCAAGGUCUGGGCGAGACAACCGGAAGCUUCUGUGUGGCAUGGCCAUGGGUCUAAUUGUGGCCUUCUUCAUCCUCUCCUACUUCUUGUCGAGGGCAAGGACGUGAACCAGUGGGAGCUGGUGUCUGUGGGUGCCAAGGGCAGCCCAGGUCUUCCUGCCUGGCGUCUUGGGCUCCAGAGAACUUAGUGCAAAAUACUCCUUUGAAAUUACAGUCGUGGGUUAGGAAUCUUAUUCCUGUGGGGCAGGAGGCUGUGGCAGUCUGUGACCUGAUGAGCUCAUGUUGGCUGAUCCCAUGUGUGGAAGGGACUCUUUCUUUUGGGGAAACCAAGGGCCAGCUCUUCCCCCCUCCCCCAGGUGCUAGAGACACCAGCAGAGUUGAGGCCACAGCAUGUCUAGAGGAGCCAGGUCCGAGCACAGCAGCUGUUGAAUCCCAGACAGAGCCACUUGAGGCCUGCCGCCUUUCUCCCAGCUCUUGGGACUGUGACAUCUUGAGGCUCCACGGUUGUGUCCUUGUUGGGGUGAGGCCAUGUCCGUGAUCCCAGGUGCCUGGAGCUGACACAGGAAGGGACUGUGAACCCUGAGUGAGUGCCAUCUCCGACUGAGGCCUCUCAACCUGGAGAUGACAGUUACUUCUGGCCACGGUUGCUAAGCACGGGCAGACCAGUGUGGGCUGCCCUGCUGUGAGUUCUCUCUGCCUGCUCUCCAGUCCUGCGGAUGAAGUGAGACUCCUGGGGAGAACGGGGGUGUGGACGGAGUGAACUGCAGCCUUGGCCUAGCCACUGGGCCUGGAUCCUUCUGGGUCAUGUGACUAUGUAUCUAGGAGCAGAAACUUGCAUUUUCAGGAUUCAGGAUCAACCCAGCACCAAAGAUGUGUUUUCAGGAGAACAGACCCAGAAGUGGGCCUGUUUGGCAUUUCAGAGUCAGGCAAACCAUGCAGGGUCAAGGAGCGUCUGUGGGUCUACACAGCAAGGUUCCUAUGAGGACUCUAGUUGCUGCCUAGCUUGCUGGUAACUUUUGCCCCUCUCCCAAGCCCUGCCAGGCUCCCUUGACUGAUGGUGCUCCGUGCCAUCCUCCUUGUCUCCAGCCUCUGCAGGAUGCCCGCUCUACCCACCUCUCCCUGGGCCGGGCUCAUGUUCAAACCACUAGACUGGCAGGGAAAUCACUUCUUCCCACCUCAAGAUGAGGUCCCAGCCCCCUUGUCUUGGCGUAAAAACACCUUUAAAGU